CGGUUAUCUAAAAUUUUGAAAAUUGGGCGGUGCUUGCUCGAUCGUUCAGCGAUUCCAUCCUUCAACCUCAAUCUCUUAUCCUCCUUCUUCGAGAGAGGAGAAUUUGGUGGAUCUGAGGAAGGGGUUCAGGAUCUGAAAGAACGCAUCGAGUUAUCAACCGAAGAGUUAGGGCACUGAAUAUGGUUUCUAAAAGGGAUAUAUUUGACAUCUCAGGGCCUUUGCAUUUGUCUUCUGUAAAUUGGAAAUGUCCACAACACCGGAGGACUGUCGCUGCCAGUUUAGUUCAGUCUUGUUAUGUACUAGAACGGGACCGCCAACAAAAUUGCUUGGCAUCUGAAGCUCUUGCUCCUGCUUGGUGGAAAUUCUUCCAUUUUGAACUAAUACGCACACUUAUUGAUGAUGCUGAUUUUUCCAUAUUUGGCGCCAUUUUCAAGUUCAAUCCCCCAAUUUCCAUGCAGAACUCUACCAUGUCGGAUGCUCCCAAGUUUGUCAUUGCCUUCAGGGGUACUAUCACCAAAAAAGACUCUUUCGCUCGAGAUAUCACACUGGACCUUCAUUUCAUUCGGAAUGGUCUCCAUAAAACCUCUCGCAGCGAUAUAGCAAUGCAGGCAGUUCGGAAUGUUGUUUCUGCUGUCGGGAAUGUUAACAUAUGGUUAGCUGGCCAUUCAUUGGGGUCAGCCAUGGCCACUUUUGCCGGAAGGAACAUGGCUAAGACAGGUCACCUUCUUGAAACAUUUCUCUUCAAUCCACCAUUCCUCUCAGCUCCAAUUGAAAGAAUCAAAGACAAAAAGGUGAAACAAGGACUUCGCAUUGCAAACAGCUUCUUUACUGCAGGACUUGCCAUCGCCCUGAAAGGCCGGCACGAGAAAUCUUCAGAGGAUUCUUUUACCAUUCUCUCAGCAUGGGUACCAUCCCUCUUUGUGAAUCCUGAUGACCAUAUUUGUUCAGAAUACAUCGGCUACUUUGACCACCGGGCGAAAAUGGAGGAGAUUGGUGUGGGGAGCAUCGAGAGGCUGGCAACACAGAAUUCAAUUGGCGAUCUUUUCUUGAGCGCAUUUGGGAAGGAAUCUGAACCUCUGCAUCUUCUUCCUUCAGCAAAUUUGACAAUUAAUAUGAGUCCUUCUCCCGACUUCAAAACAGCUCAUGGGAUUCAUCAAUGGUGGACACCAGAUGCAAAUUUGCAAACAAAGGAAUACAGGUAUAGAUGAUAUUCACUCAGUGAACCAUCAAUCUUUUGGCAAUGAAUGUUUGAAGACAUUGUCAUGUUGAUUUAUGCUAGGGUGUUAGUAAUUGUUAAUUUAUACCUGUGUAUCCUUAAUUGUUUGAACCAUUAUUUUAUGUGUAAACCAUUGUGAUCAGAGAUGUCAAACAUGGGACAUUUUACAAUGUUGUAGCUCUACUUUGCCGUUUUAAUGGUCACCCUGAAAUCCAAUGGGUUUUGUUUUUC